AUGUUCAGACAGAGGUAUAAUAAAAGAAGAACAACCACCAGGAAGAGAAUACGAACGAAACCAACCAAGAAAGAACUCAAAGAGAAACGAUUACCUCCAAGAUCUCAAAAUGAUUACACUACCAAUCUUUCUAAAAUAGGGACAUCAACAACGGAUCUUUCAUUCAUUGAUUCAUCACUUUCAAUUCCAACUUAUCCCUGGACAACUCUCAUUCCUCUGACAAACUCAAGACCCAAACUAAAGCUUGCUCGACCAGGAAACAAAAUUCCCACCCUAAAGCAACUAUGUGCUCAAGAAUUGGCUGCAAAUUCCCAUCAAAUAGAUUCAGAUUAUCUUGACCUUGCACCCUGGGAAAGCUGUUGGAAACUAGUCUGGCAAUUCAUCCUCAUUCAAGGAACAGACUCUAUUGAAGUCUACACCACAUUUGCCGAAAAGUUUAGUACCCCUAGCAACCAGGAAUUCAAAUCACACACAACCAUACACCAACCCACCAACUUCCAACUCUUAAAAGCCAAAACUAUCGACCUAUUUCGGAUCCCCAAUGCUAGAAAUCAUAGAAUUGAAAACCUAUUCAAAAACAUAUCAAUCUCAGACAUAAUCUCCCACCUAUCAUCUCGCCAUCGUUUCAAUCCAUUAUUAGUCCUAGAUAUAUCCUUGUCCACAAGUUUGAAACCAGAUGAUUAUUUCAUGUUAUUCAAUCUUCCCAAUCUAAUCUCGAUAAACUUAUCCAAUCAUUCAAUGGUCGAUGAUAAUUUCUUAUAUAACCUAUCUUCAUCUAUUCGGAACCAAGGCAAGUUGAACAGUCUCAUGAUUAUAAAAAUAAACAAUUGUCCCAGGAUAACUCGAAAAGGAAUCCAAUAUUUGUUAGACCUAUCCCGUGACAAACCUGGUUGUUCCCUAUCAUGUAUCGAAACUGAUAUUCUCGUCUCUUCAAUCAAUCAAGGCCUGUAUGUUUCAGAUACCGGUUGGUUGAAGCUUGAUAAAUCAACCAGAGAGGCGCAAUUGGUGAAUAGAUUACCAAUGGGCGAAUUUAACGGGCAUGAAACUUCCAUCCCCAGGAUUGGGGAAUUGUUGGCAGAGAAGAUAUACGAGACCAAUGUGCUUGAUUUGAUGAUAUAUGGAGAGAAUUAUAUGAAUAGCAUGCAUAAUGAUCCGAUUGUGAAGGAUGAAAUGUUGAUUAAGAUCUGGAAGGCGAGGUUGGCGUUGAGAAAUCGAGUGAGUGGUGGAUAUACUUAUAUUCUUAAUAAGAACUACAAACCAUCCGUAUCUCCGCAAUUACAACGGCUGUCUAUCAAACGAGAGAUAAAACAAGAAGAACCUGAGAUUAUUGAAAUUCAACCGCCUUCAGAAACUACUGAAGAUACUCAACCCAGAAAGAGAAAGAAAACAAUUAAAACAAACGCAAAGAAUUUCUUCGGUCUAUAG